CUCUUCCCCCAUGUCGAGGCAAGCGUGCUUUUGGAGAUCGCACGCCAUGAGUUUAAGCCAUCGGACCUGAACAAGCUGGACUCCAAGUACCGCGACCGCAAUGCACGGUCCGUACUCGAGUUCGAUGCAGGAGUCGGAGGCUUCACCAUCCGCGAACCCUCUGCGAAAGACUACCCAUCCCUCCAUUCCAUCUUCGCCCCCCUCACGACGUACUUUCACGUCCUCACAAUGUUUGCGGCCUCCAGCGGCAGCAUUGCAGCCGUAUGCCAAGUUGCGAGUGGCUCGUACGCGUACAUCUCGCAGCUCGAGCAGUUCAAUGAAGACUACCAGUGGUCCGCCGUGCUGGCGUACCACAUGGACUUUCACUACAAGCGACGGAGCUUUAUGGCCGAUGGCGACUACUCCGGCUGGGACAUCAUCGACCCCGGCCUUCAAGCCAGGCACCUCAUC